AUGUCAGAUCGAGUGGAACGAGUCACGGCUCUGAGAGCCACCGAGGUCAUAGCAGCCGGCGGGACCUGCUCAGAUAACAAGGUGAAAGGUACCAAGUCUUCAGGUUUAGGGGCCUGUGAGUGGCUCCUGGUCCUCGCGUCCCUGCUCUUCAUCAUUGUGACCUUCCCUUUUUCAAUCUGGUUCUGCAUAAAGGUUGUGCAGGAGUAUGAGAGAGUAAUAAUAUUCCGACUGGGACACCUGCUUCCUGGAAGAGCCAAAGGCCCAGGCCUUUUCUUCUUUUUGCCCUGCCUGGAUACCUACCACAAGGUUGACCUUCGUCUCCAAACUUUGGAGAUACCCUUUCACGAGGUUGUGACCAAAGACAUGUUUAUAAUGGAGAUAGAUGCCAUCUGCUACUACCGAAUGGAAAAUGCCUCUCUCCUCCUAAACAGUCUUGCUCACGUGCCCAGAGCUGUCCAAUUUCUUGUGCAGACCACCAUGAAGCGUCUCCUAGCACAUCGAUCCCUCACCGAAAUUCUUCUAGAGAGGAAGAGCAUUGCCCAAGAUAUAAAGGUGGCCUUGGAUUCAGUGACCUGUAUUUGGGGAAUCAAAGUGGAGAGAACAGAAAUCAAGGACGUCCGGCUGCCGGCGGGGCUCCAGCACUCCCUGGCCGUGGAGGCCGAAGCGCAGAGACAGGCCAAAGUGCGGGUGAUCGCCGCGGAAGGAGAGGCGGCGGCGUCCGAGGCCCUGAGCAGGGCGGCCGAGAUUCUGGCGGGCGCUCCGGCCGCCGCGCAGCUGCGCUACCUGCACUCGCUGCAGGCCCUGGCCACCCACAAGCCUUCCACCGUGGUCUUGCCUCUGCCGUUCGACCUGCUCAAUUUCCUGUCUUCGUCCGGCAGCAGAACUCAAGGAAGCCUCCCCUUCCCCAAUCCUUCCAAAUCUGUCGAGCCACCGAAUCCUAAAAAGCAAGACUCUCCCAUGCUAUAGGAGCCACGGGGCCGUGCCUGGAAGGGGCCUGCAAGGUGACAGCCCCGUCCCCGGAGGGAGGCGCGCUGUCCUCACUUGCGCGCUUUCUUCGGCUGCCACAUGGGACGCCCUUGCAACGCACAGUCACAACUCAGCAGUCGG